GCUGUAGAGGCUGCUAGCUUCCCAAAAUACCAACCCUGAAGCCCUUUGCUUUGUAUGGAAGCGCUCAGCAUCAGUAACGGGGUGAGGGUUAUAUUAUUGGUAACAACAGGUUUUAUUAUAAACACCGUCGCAUUUUUGCUUUAAAUUGUCUUCAUGGAUAGUGUCCGCUAAGUCACUGUAUUCUACCGCUUCAUUCAAGGUUGCUGUAACUUUUAAAGCUAAGUUAAGUUUUGAUGUUUUCUGUUUGACCCCUCUGAAAGACCGCUAUUUGAUAAAAUAAUGUCGACAUAAUAAUGUUUAUUCAGCGUUUGUUAUCUUCUACAUAGCGUACGUUUCUCUUAAGGCUUUUAUGUCAUAUACACCGGUGUUGUGGUUUUAUGCAACAAUGUAGGAGUAUCUACGUGGCACUGACUUGAACCACUCAAGAAUUAAAGGCACUGUCACCUACUGACGGUGUUGUUUGCUUUCUGCCACCGUAGCUUCAUGUUACAUCUCGCUGGGGAAAAUGAGGAACCUUAUGGUACUGUCACUCCUGCUGCUGAACAUAAACUAUGCCGUAUCAGCACCCAAAGGUGUCACAGCCAGUCUAAAAGCAAAGUGGACAAUGACGCCUUUCCUCCUGGAGACGAGGUAAAACACUACUUCUGCACAUGCACAAGUCCUGCUCUCACCAGAGAAACUAACUAAAAAGUUAGGAGUCUUACCAUACAUCCUCAUGACUUACAGUGUAAUUUUAAGUCAGUAGUUUUCAUUUUUUAUUGAGUUUGCUUAAUUAAUUAUGAAUGGUUUUGUUAGUAAGUUAAAAAAUUUAAAAGCACCCUGCAUAUUAACAGUACUAUCAUACUGAAUCCUUUUUAUGGCCUCCAGUAAAGUAAACUAAUGAAUAUACUCAAGUCUAUAAAGUAUGCAGUUGGCCUGCAAAAUAGCUGCUAUGUACAAGCUGUUUAAAAAAGUAAAGUUCAAAAUGAUUCUUUGCAACUUUUACAGAAAAGGACGCUGUUUACUUUAACCUUGGCAGAAAUGUAGACUCUUUUCAAGAAAAUAAUAACAAUAAUAAUAACUUUAUUUGUAUAUCACUUUUAAAAAACAGAAGUUUACAAAGUGCUUUUACAUAUAGUCAUAGAGCCCAUGGAAAAAGACAGAUAAAAACAAAAGCUCAGUAAAAAAGGAAUUGAAGGCCAUUUUCAUGUCAUAAGAAACCCAGACAAUACAAGAAUCAUGCAACAUAAAAUGAGACCAUGAGGACCAAAAUAAAAGCAUAAAGUAGUUGAGGAAAAUGCAAUUAAAAGGGAGGACCAAAGCAGAAACGGGAUAAUAAAUAUAAAAAGUCAUAUUAACAAUGAUAAUAAAAUAAUAACAGGUAAUCCAGAUAAUAAUAGUGAUGAUAAAAUAGAGUAACAGAAAUGAGCAGGAAAACACAAUAAAAAGCCUUAAAGGUUAAUUAAGAAAAGAGUACAAGCAUAACAAAAUCUAAAAAGACAGUAAAAGAGAAAAGAGAUGACAGAUAAAAAAUAAAGAUAAAAGACAGCAUCACAUGAAAGCAAGUCUGUAAAAGUAUUUGACUGAAAAGAAGUGACUGUCUCUGCAGGCCUUAUCUCCUCUGGCAGGUCGUUCCAAAGUCAAGGAGCUCUGGUGGAGAAAGCUCUAUCACCUUUAGUUUUGAGUCUCAACUUUGGAACGACCAGGAGGCCUUCGCCAGAGGAUCUGAGGCUGCGGGUUGGCUCAUAUGGUAUUGAAAGCUCUGAAAUGUAUCUUGGAGCAAGUCCUUUGAGUGCUUUAAAAGUAAUCAAUAAAAUCUUAAAAUCGAUUCUAAAACUGACAGAAGGCCCAGUGAAGGGAGGCUAAAAUUGGAUUGAUGUGAUGCUGUAUACUAAAACCAGUUAAAAAAAAUUAGUAUCUAAAAUUAGUAAAUCAUUGUCAUAAAACUGUAAAAACUAAGGACAUAUAUGACAGAAAAAAAAGUUGUUUUGUUUCCAACCAUUUUUUUGUACAAAUGUUUUAAAAAAUGAUCGUUUUGUCAUGUUGCUAUUAAUUCAAGUUUGAUAAGCAGUGUUUAUAUCAUUCAAAUAUAAAUUUCUGUUAAUUUUACUAACCUUCAGUGUGCAUUCCAGUGCCAAUAAAAUGCUGUGCAGUAGCUUGCAGUGAGCCAAAAGAAGUCAGGUAGAAAUAUUACCAGAGGACGUAAAAAAAAAAAAAAGCAUGGUGUGUAGCUGUAACUGUCAGGCAAUUAGGACAUAGUUUCUAAGGCACAUUACAUAGUCACUGAGUAAUUGUAACUGUCUUUAACUUGUCCUUCUUCUUUCAUCUUGCAGCGAGUUUAUAGGAGAAGACGGGAAUGAGAAAUUUUGGCAAUUUGUCGACACUGUAAAAGAGCUCACUGUAUACAAGCAAGGAGGUAUGUUUAAAGCCAAACCCUUGUUGUGUCUGCACUGAUGUAAUGCCUGUAUCUAAAUAGAUUUUGACUUCUUUGCACUUUGACAGGUAAGCUCAUUAUCUCUACUGUUGUUGUGUUUUCAGAGUCUGUGCGGUCCUACUACAAUCUGAUCAUUAAGAAGGCAGGCCAGUUCCUCACAGAUCUUCAAAUUAACCUCCUCAAAUUUGCUUUGGGCCUGCGGUCAUAUUCACCAGCUGUUCAUGCAUCCCAGCAGGUACAUAAAAAUAUACUAUGUUUAUAAAAUCAGAAGCAUGAGAAUAGUGCAGGCACACUUGUGGUCAGAGAUGGUUGUUUUGUCUGUGUAUCCUCGUAUUGACCUAGGGCACUUUUGCAGGCCUCCCUUUUUGUAGUUUUCUCAAUGUCUUGGUACAGCGUUGAAAGAGUUGUUUCUCCCUAACCGCUGUGAAAUUCUCCAUGUCGAUAACUAAUUUUCUUACAACAGUACUUGUGUAUCUCUGUGGUUUCUCUCUGAAUUUAAAUGUGUAAAUGUAAUUAUCUUUAAUUGAUUCAGUGACAGAGUUUGUCAGCAUGCUGUCUGCGCGUGUCUUAUUAUGAAAUGCUGACGAAACCCUAGAGAAUUGACUGAUAUUAUCAAAAUAGGAGUAUUCUCUCGAAUUAAUUUGACUGCAUUUUAAACAAACUCCUUUGGCUGCCAGUGCAGUAAGAUUUGGACAGCCUCCAGAAGCCUUACAAUAAGAUCAUCAAGGUUAAUCUCAAGGAAAUCCAGUUUAAGUGUAGCAUUAGUACGAGGGAAUCAUUGAUGAACCUAAGUGUAUUAAAUGACUUUAAAGAUGAGAUUUUGUAGAUAACAGUGCUCCAUUCAGACUAAAUGGUAUUUACAUUGUUUAUAUAUCAUAAAUAUGUCUAAACUAGGGGUGCAUCAAGUAAGGCUGCUAGAUCGUCAUCACACUUGUUUGAUUGAUCUUCUUGAGAUCACAAUUGUUCAACAUAACUAUGUGAGGAUUUGGCAACAAAUAUUCGUAAGACAUACUUUAAAAGAAUAUUGUUCCCCACUGUUUAGCUUGGCCAUUGUUAGAUCUAACUCUCUCAUUAUGUUCACUCUUUGCCUCUGCUUUACUAACAUACACCUGCUCCUCCUGCUUGCUAUAUGCCGGUCUGUAUUUCUGGAGCAUGACUUGUUGAAGACACAAUAAUCCCCACUAAGAGCUGCAACGUCCUUACUCGUCCCAGAUCUUGUUGCGCUCUGAUCUGAGCUCGUUUUUCUUCUGCUGGCCCUUUUGGAGACAUGUUUAUGUAAAAUGGCACAAAUUGGGCCACCGCCUCCACUAAAUGUGCUAGCUGUACUAUUUGGAAGAAUGAAUAUGUAUUAUAGUCCAUCUGCCCCAAGGUGUGCCUGCCCAGCUGGACAAGGUUUAGUGUGUAAGAUUGUCGGUCCAGCCCUUGACAUGACCUUUGCUCCUCCUCACUGCCAAUACAAGCUGAAAUAAGACCUGUUUUUGGCUCCAUUCACCACAUAGAACACGAGGAACGCAAAAUAUCAGGCAUUACAGUUGUCAUUUAAUGGUAACUGUUUUGUUUUCACAAUCUGGUGAAGCUAAAGUCAUAAUUGACACUGAAAUUGGAUUAAUCCUCCAAUCUUAGCACCAAGGUAUCAGUUUAACACGGGUAAGGUUGAUAUUUAGCCUGUUGAGAGACAUAAGCCAAGUUUGUAUACUGUAUCACUGAUUCAUGGAAGACAGUUUUAUUAGACAAAUGGAUUUGUUUUCAUUUGUUGGCAAUGUGGACAACUUUUCUCAGAGAUCAGGUAGCUACAUCUUCUCAGACAUGUCCCAAUAACAUUUCAAGAGGAGACACUACCAGCAACAACAUCAACUCUCACAGCUCAUUGAAACACAGACAUGACAAAUUAUGAGGAGGUAAUGCUAGAACCACUGAUAUCAGAAUUAGCUGUUGGCCAAAAUGUAAUUUUAAACAUCAGUAUCCUCACUAGCUAUGCAUCCCUAGUUUUGAAACACAAUCUCAUGAAUAAAAACAGUUAUACUACUUCAACAAACAGAAUACUUUAGUUGAUUGCACACUGUAAGUGAGGUGAAUACAUGACAGGCAUAUUAUGAGAGUCCUGUAAAACAUCUUUGCCUACACUGAUGUUUAAAUGUCAUGUUAAGUGAAUUUUACCCUUUGGCUGUAGAUUUAACUCCCCCGUAAUUAUGAGUUACUCAGUCUGCUCUUGAGUGCACUCUGUUGCCCUAAAAAAACACAACUCUUUAGCCCUAGAUUGUGGUGGUUUCAGCAAUAAUGAGGAGCAAUUUCAUUUUGGUGACAGUGAUGCACUGGAUGAUAAAUUUCUCUCAUUUUCAAAUGUGUUAAACAUUUGAGUGAGUAAUGGCCUUUUGUGUGGGAAAUGAAGUGUUGGGCUGCACUGUGUAAAUUCUUUGGUGAUUACUUGGGAAUAUUGAGAAUACAUCAAUCACUUAACUGAUUAACUGGCCUGUGUUCAAGAGUGAGGGGUAGAUUUGGACUCGGGAACAAAAGAGUUGCCAUUUUGUAUUUGUCCUGUCGCCAGAAACACAUGAAUUCCAAUGUGAGUAACAUAAGUGGGGACAAGUCCAGAGAUCUUGGAAACGGAGGAGGCAUUUCUCCGCCUACGGUAGAGACAGCUAAAUGUGUGCAGUGAUUAAGUGUGAAACAAAUUUCCUCAUUGGGACAAUAACAGCAUAUCAAAUUGUGUUGUACGUUGAAGCCAGUGUGAUGUAAUUCGUUUCUCUCCCAUCUGCUCCAAACAGAUAGCCAGCGAUGAACCUCCACCUGAGGCUUGUCCUGCCUUUGUCUCCGUCCAUGGUCAGCAUAGCUGCAGCACCAAGGACAUCAAGAAGCUCGUGAAGGCAGCAGCAGGCAGGUAACACAGAAUCUCCUCCUCUGUAGAUUAACUCUAUCUGUAGAUCCAGAAAAAAAAAUGUUUGAACAGUGUCCUUGUAAAGAUGUAUUUUCUUCUGUUAUCAGUUUAUGAAUCUGUUUGAUUUAUAUGCUUUUUUUGAUACAAAUUACAUUUCCAAAUGUUUGCAGGCCUAAACCAUAUUUGUACAAGAACGAUCACACAUACCCAGGGGCCAACAAAACAGAAGUUCCUGUUGUGAUCCUCUAUGCUGAGAUUGGAACCAAAAAGUUCACCUCCUUUCAUAAGGUGCUGUCCGAGAAAGCUGGAGAAGGCGCACUUGUGUACGUGCUUCGACAUUAUGUAGCAGUAAGUAGAAAUGCUGUUGCAGUCCUUUUGAAGUGAUGCUCUGCUGGUCAAAGGUUAAAAAAUAUUGUUUAAUGUACCUCUCUAGGUAUGAGUCAUCUUGUAAGCUAUCUUGUGCUUUUAUGUGCCAUUCUUUACACACAGUAACUCGGUUCUGCUCUACAGGAUACAGUUUGUGAGAACCUAUAUAAUCUAAACCUGCAGUAUAUCUAUCAAUCUGACAACUAUCAUCCCUGCAGUGAAGCCUUUGGUUAUUCCUCUAUGCCAUAGAAAUACCCUGAUUCAUCUUUGAUUACAUGAUGCCACAAUUGCAGUGAUGUAACAGUUCUUCUUUAUUCCUUAGAGCAUACAGCUUACAAAAGCAGGCGCCGUCAGAAUGACCACUUUGCUUUACUGACAAAUGUUCACAAUUACAGCAACAGAUUCCUCAAAACUAAAGAAUGAGCUGAGAUUCAGGUGCUUUUGAAAGAGUGAAAAGCUUCUUUUUCCCCAAGACGCGGUUAUGUUGUUAGUUGAAGAAAAGCAGAGUGUGGGUGUGAGAGACUCCUGAUUGUGCCUGUAGAAGACCGAGGCAGUGCUUUGAAUCUGAGCGACAUUGGUGUCAAGGUUGAAUGUCAGUGAGUCUACUGCUGUUUGUCAGCUAGUCCAUGUGCUUUGUGUUCCCAGAGGUAAAGCAUGUUACAAAUAAUAACUUUCACUGACUACAUGUUGUAGAAAAAUCCUUCCGUAUAAACAGGCCUCUGUAUGAAGACAUACAUUACAUGGCUGAAAGGAUGUGGACAUCUAACACAGUUCUCACAUGUUGUAUUUUAGGCAGUAUAAUAGGUUGAUAGUGUCUGCUUUUUCCUUUUAUUAUUUUCCUCUGCCAAACUGUGCUGCAGAUAGUCCAAUGGUUGGUUUCACAUGGUGAUGUCAGGCCUGUGUACUGCUGCUCAGCCACUGAAACCCGUGUCAUCAAGCUCCCUGAAACUUCCUCAGGCAGUCUGGAACUUGGAAGUGAAAAGUGCAACUUGCGAGAAAGGGUGAUUUCAGGGAGCCCAUGCAUUCAGCCUCUCGUUUUCUGCAGCUACAUUUACACUUUCUCUAAGCUGGUUCUUUUCAAUGCACAUGGGAGCAAUCAGACCACAAACCUUAUGAACUUAGAGGAAAAAUUACAUCGUAUGAAACUCUAAACUCCUCUCUAUUUCUCCAAUGUUGUCAGUUAGGACUGACAAAAAAUAAAGGCGUUCUUGAUUUAUUUGGUCGCUAAUUAUAGCCAGUAGGGGUGAGAAUCACUGGUGGCCCUACAAUACGAUAUCAUCACGAUACUUGGGCCAUGAUACGAUAUCACUGCGAUUUUUAACAUUUUGCAAUACAUUGAGUAUUGGGUUACAAUAUAUCAUGAUUUAUACAAUUUUUUCAACUGUUUAGCCAAUUUAACAUUUGUCUUUCCUUAUGUUUGUCUUAUUUACGCUGUAUUCUAUUCUCAUGGAGCACGUUAUAUACUGUAUAUUUGUUGUACUAACUUUCUCCGGCUCUAUGAUGUCACCUUUGGACAAACAGUUGAUUUUAUUUUUCCAUUAUCAGAGAUUUCACUUCAUAUUAGCAAUCAAUACUUGGUAAGUGAGACGAUACGAUAUAUCACCAGACAAAAUAUCGUGAUACUAUGCUGUAUAGAUCUUUUUCUCCCACCCCUAAUAGUCAUUAUUGUGUGAAUGGGACUAUCUAAUACUAAUGGGCACUGUACAUAGCAUCUGCUGCCAUCAGUGUCUGAAUAUAAUAUGAAUGAGACUUGCAGAGUAAUAGUGCCAUCAGUCGUCAGAAUACUAAAAGCACUACGUGAGUACAGUUCAUUUCACUCAUUUCAGCUAAAAAAGAAGCGGAUACCUUAUCAUGCCUAAAUUGAUUAUUUUAUACGGCUUCUAACUGGAGGUUUCUGCUUGAGCAGAAUACAGUGAUGUGAGACAGAGAGUCCACAUGAUUCUGGGGAUUUUGUGUAUAGGUAUGUUAAAACAAACUCUGCAAUGCUGUUCAUUUAAGCCAUUACUUUGUCUUCAUCUGUUUGUAGAAACCAAAGGCUCAAAAGAUGCUUUUAUCGGGGUAUGGUGUAGAGUUGGCCAUUAAAAGCACAGAAUAUAAAGCCGUGGACGACACUGAAGUAAAAGGUCAGUUGUUUGCAGUCAGACAUUAAGUGCUGCGCCUCCCUGUGUCCAAGACAAUGAAUCAUACAUAUCUCAACUUUGUAGAUCCAAAAAUGAUGACGAAUGCUGAGGAGGACAUUAACGAUGAAGUCCAAGGAUUCAUUUUUGGAACUUUGAAGUAAGUAGCUUAGCUGCAUCAUGAUAAUGAGCACACAGGCUUUUUAAUGUCUUGUGUUUUUGUGUUGUUGCUGUCGAGCACCCUGUGCUGAGUGUGACUUGAUAAAAAGAAACUUCUUGUCACAUUAAAGCUUUAACUUUCUUAUUCUUUCGUUUGUGCGAAGGAAAUCUCACCCUGAACUCAAGGAACAGCUACUUGAGCUUCGCAAACAUCUGCUGGACAGCACCAAUGACAUGGUCCCACUUAAAGUGUGGGAAAUGCAAGGUGACCAUCAUUUCUUUCACUUCAUCGAUUGUUAACAGUAGAUACAGUCAGACUCUUUAAAUGGUGAUAUGCAGAUUUUUAUUUGCUUUGCUUUAUAUUUAAACAUUUGUGGAAGCAGAUUCUCUUGUUGUAUACUGCUGCUUUAGAAUCAUUUCAAAUCAACCAGUGGGUAAUAGCACAUUUUUUCAUCUGUUCUGAUUAUAUCUCAUUAAUUUAAAUUGCCUAAACUUGAUGUGUAUUCUUUAAUGUGAAAAUGUUACUAAGUUUGUUGUUUGAUUUUCUCAGAUCUAAGUUUCCAGGCAGCUGCCAGAAUCAUGUCUGUGCCAAAGUUUGAUGCCUUGAAGUUAAUGCGAGAUCUCAGUCAGAACUUUCCAAGCAAAGCCAGGUAAGAAAAAUGUAUCUCAUUUUCUUUUUCUGGCUGACUGGCUUGCGCAUUUGGUCCCUUUCCAAAACCCAUAUUGUCUGGAGCCAUACUGUGUGCAGCAAUGUGUGAAUGAGGCAGAGCGAAUGCGGUUAUCUUAAUACAUGUGGAAAUCUAAAUAUCAGAAUGUGUCUUUGUAAACCCAUUUGUAUGAGCAUUACCCACAAUAAGUACAUCCUCAAUACGGAGGUCUUAUCAGCUUUUUGAUAUGUGCUCGGCUCAGGCAGUUUGUAAUAACAUCAAAAAGUGCUGAGUAAGAGCCUGAUGUUUACAGGGAAUUGACUGAAAAAGCACCGUCUUGAGGGCCCACAGGUUUUCGGAGAUUAAAACUGGCAUUUUACUGCCAGCUGGGGACGCGGUAAAAGCUGAUGGUGACUGUACAUGUUUUACUGUUCCCACAGAUCACUGACAAGAGUGGCCGUAAAACAGGAAAUGAGAAAAGAAAUUGAGGAGAACCAAAAGGUGCGGUAUCAUAAGCAGCCUUUCCACAUGAUAGUGCAGCAAGUUUCCUCCGAUAAAAACCCAAACCACAAUGACUUUUACUCCUGAGAACAAGUUUCCACUUUGUAUCAGGAAUAAAUCCCAUAACAAGACAAGAUAUAUUUGAUUCUUACUUCUCUCGUUAUAUCUGUGCAGACUUAAUACCUGUUUUUUCUUACUGCUGUAGCCCUUGUACAUAUCCUUUUAAAGAUGAAAUCACUCAUUUAGAGGUUUUGAUAAUUGACUGACACUUAAAAGCUUGCUCUUCCAGCGUCUUAGUGAGACCAUUGGUGUUCACCCUGGAGACGGGGAGCUCUUCAUCAACGGACUGCACAUUGAUCUGGACACUCACAACCCUUUUAGGUAGGAACCCAGCAGGAGGGAGCAGUGGUCUGUCUGAGCUCUCUACAGGAAGCCACAUACCUACUUCUAUGUUCAGAAAAAAAAACCUGUUGCAAGAGUUUGUUGCACUGCAAAACUAUUUCCACACAGUCUGUAUGAAAUAAUAACCUGUGGUUUUUUGUUACAGUAUUUUAGACAUUCUCAGAGGAGAGGCUAGGGUCUUGGAGGGGCUCCAUAACCUGGGCAUUAAAGGGGAACACCAGGGCAAGCUGCUGAGGCUCCCUGUGAGCACUGUGGAUGACAGCUAUGCCUUAGAUAUUCGACAUCCCGCCAUAAUGGUGAGCUCCGUCAACAAACACCAAUCUCUAACACUGCAGGUGUUCUUGCUCUUUGUGUGCUCACACCAGGGUGUAAAUUGGUGAAUCAGUCAUCCAGCUACAGUCUCGAGGUUGCCAGACUAACUUCAGUUAUUAAUUGGGAGGAUAGCCAAGGAGAGCAAUCAAAUUAAAAACUCUCAAAUUUCAUUUCAGAGCCUGCAGUCAUUUUAAUUGUUUAGCUUUUCCGAAAAAGCCACAUUCAGCCGCAAGGUCUGUCAUUUCAGUGCGUAUCCUCCCUCAUGGAAACAUUUGUGCAUUGCAGAACACACACAUACACAUUGAUUUGUAAAGACAAAUACAUGUAAAGGUCAAACACUGGCACUGUGAGGAGGCUUGUAUGAUUCCUUCCUCCGCUGUUGGUGCCAGGUUGGCCAGCAAUGUUGGGUCCAUUUACUAAUGUGGUACUAGUCAUUUAUCAUUAAUAGCCAGAACUAAUGGUUGUCCAUGUGUUACAUGUGAUGCAUACUGAAUGAUGAGCAUACCUGGUUCAGCUUAUGUCUUCUCAGUACUACAUAGUGUUUAAUAAGAGCUUUAUUGUUACAAUUUCAUGUGUAAUGUAAGCUCUGUACAGUACCAGUUGAAUGAAAGAAACUUGUUUUACCUAUAUGAUAAUUAUGUUUCAUGGUACAGUGUUUGGGGGCUUUUUUCAAACAACAGGGUAUGCUUGUCACUUUAAAAGACACACUGUUGUACUGUUUUUGCAGUCAUACCCAAAAAUCUAGUGAUGCCAGGCAGCAACAUUUAUGAGCAGAGAUUUUGAGCUUGAAUGUAUGGGUGAGGUUGCUGUUUUAGUUUGCAGAUACAGCGGUGAUAGAGUGAGGUAUUUUUAGACCCCUGUAAAGCAUUUGCUAUCAAGAGUAAACCAUGCUCUGCUUCUUUGUGGCUUAAGUCUAUCAUCCUCUCUGUUGGUUUUCAUUCAACAAAACCCUCAGAUAUAGCUACCUGUUACAUACAUAAAUCAAAAACUUCAAACGAAAAACAACAAUUUUGUUAAAUGAAAAAUAUGAAAUGAAAUGCAAAAACAUCUCACAGCCAAAAAUAAAUAUUAUGAAACAAAUAUACCAUUGAGAUUGUUUAUUUGAUCAAAUAUACAUAUAGAACAAUUUUAAACAAGGAAUUACCUAUUUUUUUUGGAGAUCGAAAAGGAGUAGGUUUAAGCUAUUUAGCUUAUAUGUACCUACAUAGCUACCUGUCAAAACCUCUUCAGAAAUAAAGAGAGAAAAUACAGAAAAUGUCACUGGUCAGACUAUAUUCACAUUUCUAAAUUGGUCCUAUUUUUGUUCUUUACUCUUCCAGUGGGUAAAUGACAUCGAAAAUGACCCAGCAUACCGCAGCUGGCCGGGGGGUGUCCAAGAACUCCUCAGGGCCACCUUUCCUGGAGUCAUCCGGCAGAUCAGGCGCAAUUUCUUUAACCUGGUGAGUAGCUUAAAGGACAGAGAUGCUGAGAGAAAAUGUCAUUGAAUUGGUGUUAAGUUGUAGAUCAAUUGCUCAUUUGCUUUUCUUAUCUGGACACUGUGAAAACUCUCUGGAUGUAUUGGAUUCAUCUCUGCAAGACUCUAAUUAGUUAAUUAGUUCGUUCAGACACAUUUAGAGGAGAAUACUAAGUACUCGUUAGAUUUACUAAAUGUCUCUCAUUAUCAGACUGGCUUGGGCUGGAUUAUUGUUGGAUUUUCUAAACAGGAUGAUGUCUGAUUACUGCAGCAAAACAAGUAUUUGUAGAUGUGUUAUGAUUCAGAUUUGAUGAUGAUCCCUUUUUUCGUGGUUAGGUUCUGUUCCUGGAUCCGACCCAAGAAGAAAGUGUUGAGCUGGUGAAACUAGCAGAGCUUUUCUACAAGCAUAAGAUCCCCCUGAGGUUGGUGCUGUUAUUUCUCACACCUCCAACACUGUUUAUACAGUAGACGCUUGGCAUUUAGAAUCUUUACCAGGUAGUGAUUCUCAUUUCACCAGCAAAUUGAAUACUUGUUUUUGCUCCCUUCCUAUAGAAUUGGAUUUGUGUUUGUUGUCAACACCAAAGAUGAGAUUGAUGGCUUCUCCGACGCAGGAGUUGGAUUUUACCGGCUUUUGAAUUACAUUGCAGACGAGUACGAUUUAUCCCAGGCUCUGAUGUCCAUGUUCUCUGUAAGUAUGUCAUAUGCUUAUAUAAAUGUGUUUUUUUAAGUACACAUUUCUCGGGGUAAUCACGGCACACCCCCCUUUGUAAGCUUCUGUCUGUUUUUGCCUCAGAAGUCAGUUGUUUUAUUGUACCUUGUUUUAUCCCAUGGUUUUAGACAUUAUUGGACAAGAGGACUCAGUGGGAUUUUGCCUCAGCUAUCACUUGUUUCAAACAGUGUUGGAAUUUAUUGACAGUAGCAGGCUUCUGAAGACAGUGAUAGCCAAAUCUGAUCUGACUUACCUCUCUCCCACAGUUGUACAACAAAGUAGACACUGGGGAGCUGCUGUCUGUAGAAACAAUCUCAGCUUACCUGAAGAACAAAUUCCCUAAAGCUAGCGCUGAAAGGAUUCUAGGAGUAAAAUCCGAGUAUGAUGAUACAAGAAAAGUAAGUCAGUACAAAUUUUCCUUAUCACUUUUGCUGUUACUUACAAAACUGCAUGAACAGCCUCAUUCAUUGUUCUGUGUGCUCCAGGAAGGUGCCCUUUUCUACAAAAAGAGCGGCUUGGGUCCUCUACCUCUGGCUUUAUUUAAUGGAGUUCCUCUGAGCUCAGAUGAGAUGGACCCGGAUGAACUGGAAACAAUCAUUCUUCAGCGCAUAAUGGACACCACAACAAGCUUCCAGAGAGCUGUCUUUAUGGUAUGAAGUGUCUGCAUGGAAAGGAGUCGAUUUUUCAUCCAUUCAUCUUUAUUCCUCUCUGGCCCUCAAUGUUUUUUGUUUGCAGGCACAUUCUCACUCCUGUAAAGUAUUUAGAUUAACUCAAGACUCAAUGAUUCCUUAUGGAUCAAGGUUCUUAGCAACAUCCCUUUUGUCUGUGUUUAUCUUUUGCAUACAGGGUCAGGUGACUGAGAACUCAGAUGUAGUAGACUACCUGAUGGAGCAGGCCAAUGUGGUCCCCAGGAUGAACCCUCUGAUUCUGAGCACUAACCGACACUACCUCGACUUCACUGCCACCCCAGGUAACCUCAGUUACCGAUCUUGAGCCUCUCAUCAUUUAUUUACCAUCUAUACUUUCCUUCACUUCUUCCCUCUUGCCCUGCAGUUGUGGAUGAUUGGGAGGACACCACUAUGUUUUCAUUCAUGGACUCCAGGGACAAAACUGCUGUGAUGGCCAAGAGAAUGAAAUACUUCACAAACAGCGGUAAGAAGUCUUUGAUUAGCUUUUACCCCUAACAGAGUUUCACAUGAAUAACACAAUUUCAUUUUCAGGAGCUUAGUGAAAUUCAACACAACUCCAUGAAGUAAGUUUCUGUGUAUUGUCGUCCUAAGCAGGAAUGUGUAAGAGAAGCGAUAUCUAAAUGAAAAUGAUUUCUGCACAGCUUUACAGAUCUGUGAAAGUGUGAAACUCUCGUUUGUUAAGGAAGGCUGCCUCUAGAACCUUAAUUGCUAGUUCUGCUGCCUGGCUCUGAGCCAACAGUCUGAAUGGUCGUCAGAGCUGCAUUUCACUGCGCAGGCCAGGAGUGUAGCUGUCUCAGUGAGGCUGAGGAGGCUGAUUGCCAUCCUCCCUCUGUGGACUGGCUGACCGGAUGACUGCCUGCUUUUCUGACUGCCUGCUUUUCCGACUGACUUACUGACUGACUGGAGGGAGUAUAACGAUGACAGGUUGCACAAGUCUGCACUAAUAUAGUGAGUGCUCUGCCAGAUGUCUCUCUUCCUUCUCCCACACAAAAUGAAUAUGCACCGCAACAACUGUACUGCAUCUCCUCAAUCUCGUGUGGUUGUCUGUGUGCGAUCGGGAGCUAACCCUUUAGCAGCUUCUGCUAAAUGCCACAUAAGCACGAAGGUUGACGUUGACAUUAAAAAAUGCUUAAAAUACAUUUGCCCUUCAGUGGUUCUCACAUUAUAAUACACUUUACUGCACCAGUGCCAGGAAACUACAGCAACAGCAGUACGAACUGGUCAGGAGGAGGAAUGUCCCCAUCAGCUUUUUCGGGCCCUGAUGAGUAUCUGCAGAUACCAAGCCCUUAUCCGAUACUUGUAAUUGCCUAUUUAACGGAGCUGCACAUUGUUAUUUUUUGCUUACAUAAGUAACCAAAGUAAACAAGUCCAAGAGAAGAUGGCUUACUGUGUGCAUGCAGUACUGCACGCUUGAACUCAAACGUUGAGGAACCAAUCUAAGGUGCAGUGAGGCACGGCAAUGACAUCGACAAGUGUCAGACCACCAAAUGUUUCAGAAGUAACAGCUGUCACACGAUGCCUUAAAUCCUCUUGUCUGUUGUUGUGAACUUUGCUGCACAGUACUGGCAAGGCAGUGUCUGAAAUGUAAAUUUGGGCAGCAGACACAGUGGAUCUAGCAGCCUUGGCUGGCAUAACUUCUGAAUAUGGGAUGUAGGGCUGGGCGAUAAACUGAAAAUUUACAGAUAUCGAAAUUUAUGACAAUAACCAACAUCAUUUUGCCCAUAUCGGUAUAUAAAAGUUGGUUUUGGAUGUGUGUAGGUAGAUUAUGGGCUCAUGUCCCUUUAAGAUGCUGUCCUACGUCACAGACCUGACUCCACCCCAUCUAGUCCAUAACAAAGAGGGAAAGGGCGGCAGUAGCUCAGGAGGUAGAGCAGUCGUCCAAUAAGGUUGGCGGUUCGAUUCCCCCCUAAUCCAAGUCUGUCCGUUGUGUUCUUGGGCAAGACACUUAACCCACCUUGCUCCCAGUGUGUGUCCUCGACUGGUGUAUGAUUGUGAGUGUUGUGUGGUGGUGGUCGGAGAGGCCGUAGGCGCAGAAUGGCAGCCACGUUUCCACCACCACCAAAGUGUGACUGUGUGAGCGAAUGAAUGAUGUAUCCAAUGUAAAGCGCUUUGAGGGUCUCUGAUAAAGCGCUAUAUGAAAUCUGAUGCAUUAUUAUUAUUAUUAUAAAGACAGGUGAGGAGAUGGAGGACUGUUCAUAAGUUGUAGCGGCUGAAGUAGACAAAGUUAAAGUGGGAGGAGGUGAGCAGCUUGUGGAGUAGUUAACGCCAUUUAUCAUUAUCGAGGUGAACCGCUCAAUAUAUCGUGAUAUUGAUUUGAGGCUGUAUCGCCCAGCCCUAACAGGAUGCUUGUUGCAUCCCCCUGUUUAUGAUAUUUAUGCUAAUCUACAGUUUGUUGCUUCAACCCAGUAGCUUUUUCUUCUGUUGUACCAUUUCCUGUUACAUGUUAAGCAUUUAAGAUCAAAUCGGUGGUAUUGAACGCAGCUUGACUGCUGCCAUCUCAGGAAACAAUUGUAUUGCAUCUAUUCCAAGUUGCUAUUGGACUGUUUUUGUUUCCUAGUGAGAAAUGUUUGACACUGCUUGCCAGCCAGCUUGUCUCCUGCUUCAAAUUGUGCUCAGUUAACAGGAGCUGACAUGAGUAAUUGGGGUGAGAUGACUUGCUCAACUUCUUGAUUCCACAUCAGUGAAAAAAAGCCCAGAUGUACUCAGAACUCUAUUUGAACAUGGCUGCUAAACUUAAAUGCAAUGGGAAAUGCACACUAUGCAUUAAGUUUGGUAACUGGUUAUUACCUUUUUCCUUUAGGUGAGGAUGGAGUAAGUGCUGUGACCAUCUGGAUAGUUGGUGAUUUUGAGAAAGUGUCUGGAAGGAAACUUCUGCUGAAUGCUCUGAAACAUGUGGUGAGUGUCAUCAACUCAUUUUCCUGUUCACCUUCUACCACCUUUUAAACAUUCAAAUCUAAAAGUUCUAUCUCCUUAUUGAGAUGUCUCUGGUGUCUCUCGCUGAGCAUCAUUUGCCAAACCAUCAAUCCUGAUCUCACUGCAAUGAAAAUGUUUGAGAAAGCAAACAGCAGUCAAAGAUUUUUUAUGUAGUCUUGGUGAGAUUGCAAAAGCCUUGAAUCCUAAAAAAGGAUGGAUAUUGACUCAAAUGUAGUGGCUGUAAAUCUGCACCUCCCUUACAAACAGGAGAGAUAUGGUUUGUAGGGAUAAUAUUUAACUGAAAAGGCCUUUUUGACUUGAAACUAAGGACUAAAUAUACUUUCAAAAUGCACUCAGAAAAAUCUUGUGGAUAGAGAUUAAUUAGGUGAAGCCAGCAGGUUUGUGUUUGUCAUGAAAAAAUCCUGAUAGUAAUCUAAUAUGAGAAGAAGAAACGUAUACCCCCGUCUUUAAAGCAGUCCAUACUUUGUCUUCCCAGUUUUCUCCUUCAGUGAUAGCUGCGAUCUCUGGAAAUAUGAGAAUGUGUACCGUUUUGUGAAUCACUGCUGUGUUUUUGUGUGUGCCUGCGAGCAGAAGGCUAGCCCUGGAGUGCGCGUGGGGGUGAUAGAUAACCCCAGCGGAAAGCCCACUGAAGAUAACACCGUGCUGUACAGGGCUAUCUGGGCUGCUCUCCUCACCCAGAAGAACAAGGCUGCAGCAGAGUUUGUGCAAAAACUGCUGAAAGAGGAGAGCAGCCUGCUACUCCAACAAGGGACCAAGAUGAAGGAUUUACUGAUGCAGGUAAAUGAGUUCCUAGUAUUCGAUCAGAUAGUUCCUGGCUCUGAGCAAAGAGUCGGCAUAUUUUUUUUUCUUAUUUGGGAACCUAAGUAACACUACCCACAUUAACAAUCACAUUGCAAUCAGAUCCACAAACCACCUUUUCUGCAGCGCUAAUGCUCUGUAACAUAAGUCUAAUGCAACGUAGAUAGUCACACGUUUAUAUUGUAUUGGAUUUAAAUCAGCCAUGUUCGUCCUGAUGCCUGACAGGAACUGUUAACACGAUCAUCAUUACAAGUGGAACAUGCGGAAUUUAGAUUGUCGCACCACCAGCCACCACAAUUUGCUGAACUGCGUCAGCGCCUGAAGCAGUAGACACAGAACUGUUCAGUGGGUGCUGAUUAGAAAAUGUUGAAUUACUUUCUGCUGUGUUAAACACAUGAAUGCCUCUGAGCUGAGGUUGUAAAAUCUCAUCUUUUGUUGCUUCUGACAUGAAAGGGAGACAACAGGAAAGACACAAUCAGCAAAAUAAGUUGUAAACAAGGACAUAUUGGAACAAAACAAACUAAUGUCUGAGUGACACAGACCAUUAAGAUGGAUGUAGUUUUAUCUGGUUGAACCAUCCUCUGUAGUUCUGUAGUUUUGUAUUAUAAUAUUAUAAAUAAAAAAUCAUAAUUACUUUCUUGGUAAAGUAAUUAGAGCUAAAAUACACCAAUGAAAAUGUCUGUUUCAAGCCAGACUGGUAUAGGAAGAACACCUGAGGUACUUUAUCACAUUGAUGCAAAGUCCCAUAAAUCCAAUAGUGCCAUAAAGCAGUCCUCACUGAUUUGCAACACCGCCUGCCAUAGACUUAUACAACCAGAUAUAUUAAAGAGAUAGCCACCUGAAUGUAAACAGUAUUGCUAAAAGCUGUUUGAUGUAUUCCAGUGGUAUAUAGCCUUACAUAAUCCAGUCUUAAACAAUAUGUAGAGCAACAGUGCGAGUGUUUACUGUAAGUGUGUGGUAAAAGAUUGGUACCCUGUGUAAUGUCGGUAAAAAGGUAUCUGUGUAAAAUCGAGGAAAUAUGACUGAAAACUGUAGGAAGUGAGGAAAGUAUGAAGCAGAACUGAUUUGUAGGAGUGCACACAAGGAAAACAAAGGUUGGAUGUAACCGCUCUCAGAGAUCUGUCUGCUGCUGCUUUCCUGAUUUAAGUGCACAGUUGAAGAAAAUUGUGAUUGAUGAGGCCAUCUUCUCCUUCCUCUCCUCAACACCGGCUAACAGAAUACAUUUAGAGCACGCAUGAUGCUCCACAGCCUGUGGAUGCCAAGGCAGGCAGCCUCCUCACUGUCAGUUCCACUUGAUCUCUCACAGGGGGCCAGCACAAGGCGGGCUCCACCCGCUGAAUCUUGAACUAUAAGAUGCCGGUGAAUACCUGGUCUCCAUGACCUGAUGAAUGGCCGAGCUCCGGCUCCUGCUCACUGCUCAUGGUUGUGUGAGCCUCCUAUGUUCAGCUGAGCCUGACCAUCACUCUGCUGCAGUAAGCAGUGUGUUCAUUCUCCAUGUUAUAGUGUAUAGUGCAGCAUCCACCCACACAGCAUUACACCGAAAGAAAGAAAAAAAAAAACCCAGGCGCUCAUCAACAAAUCAGCUGACAAGAGAGCUUAUAUCUCCCCAUCAGGAAUAAGUCAGAGAGCAAGGGUUACAUUUGGGACCAACCAUAACAAACUGCCCUUCAAUUAUAGCAGCCUUUAACAAUGGGAAGAGAAUGGGCUGGGAAUAGAAGCAGAAAGAUAGGUAGGGGUGGCUGUGUGAGCUGAGACACAGAGUCAAGGGAUAUGAGUUUAUUAUUGGCUGCCAGACAGACUUGCUGACUGGAUUGUGCUGACAUUAUUGGUAUUUCACCUGUUCUCCUGAGGAGAGAUGUUGGAGAAACUAAUAACCUGACUCCACAAACCCUCCACACUCCCACACCUAAUUUGUUAUAGACAAAAAAUGGCAGAGGCUUAAUUAAGAGUUUGUUAAAUUAAUUACAAAUUGAUUAAUCUCAUUUUCACGCAUGCACAUUUUUUACAGCCUGGUCCUCUGGCUGAAAUAUAUUUUAUGUUUGAAAGCUGCAGUGAUUUUGCUGAUGCGAGGCAUCAAUGCUAUCGUGAAUAAUUUUCCGUUUGCCUCGCAUUCAUCAUUUCUUCCGCCGAUGCAUCAUUUUGGUUUGGUUUUGGACAAGCUGUAAAGGGAAAAAGGUCCUUGAGCUGGCCUAUUGGAUCUUAAACAGAGAAGUGUGUGAUGUACUGCAAGCCAACAAUGCAAUCAAUUUAUCUAACAGCCAAACUUUUGUUAUUCUGCUCCAGGGCAUGGACGAAGAUGCCUUUGAGAAAAAGUUUAACACAAUGGAAGUGGACUUCAUCCGCAGUCAGCAGCUGUACUGCCGAGAAGUCCUGAAGUUGAGACCUGGACAGCGGGCAGUGAUAAGCAACGGCAGGGUGAGUGAACUUCAACUCCAGCUCAGUUCAACAAGCAUUUUAUCACUUUUCUCAGAAUACAUUUCUGCAGCAUAAGUCAAACACCACAUUAUAAGUUAUAGAAAAAAGAUGAAGGAUUGAUUAAUCUUGCUGUUAAUACUUCACUGCUGUAGAGUAAGAUCCUUCAGGCAGCUGCACUUUCAUGACUUUUCCAAGUGCUGCUUCCUUUGUACUGUCAAAUCAGCAUGUCUGUUCCUUCAAAGGUUACAGGGGUCACAAUCUGCCUGUGUGUUUGUUUAUGUGUACCGUGCUGAUGUCACAGCGUCAGUGAUGCUGACAGGCACACAUGAAGAGGCCAACCCUGUGAGAUGGCAGCAACAAUUAGUAUCACUUCACACUCCUCUGCUGCACUGCCAACAAACAAAGAAAGGAAACACAGGCCCGACGCUGACUACUCUGACUCUCAGUGGCAAAAAAGUGUUACUUUAACUUUUCAUUUAACACCCUCUAAUGCUGUAGUAAAUGAAGCGUGGGAUGGAAACGAGCAAAGUUGUCUUCUGACUGUAUUAUUUUCUUCUUGUUAGAUCCUUGGUCCAUUUGAAGAGCAGGAAGAAUUCAGUGUGGAUGAUUUCCACUUGCUGGAGAAGAUUACAUUUAACGGUGCUGCAGAGAAAGUCAAAGCCAGUGUUAAACAGAUGGGGCUGAAGCCAAAGCUGUAAGUUUGCACUUUUCUGCCUUGCUGUGUGAAGAGGAGUCUUCUCCCUCUUUCUUUAGUUGUCUGUGUCGACGAUUUAAACAUCCCUCUGUUUUUUUAUAGAAUAUUUUUCCUUCUUGAGUUUGUCACAAAGUUUGUGAAGUAUGAAAGAGGAUUAGGGCCACAUGAAGAGAAAAGAUAUAAUUACAGGAAGGAGAUUAAAGUCAAAAUUUAGCAAUUAAGAAAUUGAAAUUAUGUAAAUAAAGCCAAAAUUUCAAGAUAAAAGAUGAAAUUUCGACAUUAAUGUUGACAUGAAUAAAGUCGAAAUUUCGUAAAACAAAUCAAAAUUUCGAUAUUGAAGUUGAAAUUACGCGAUGAAAGUUGUUGCAAAUGAAGACGAAAUUUCAUGAAUUAAAUCGAAAUCUGGAGAUCACAAAAUGUUGAAAUGUCAUGAAUAAUGUCAAAAUUUCCAGAUUAAAACAAUUGAAAUUUUGAGAUUGAAGUUGAAAUUUCGACAUUAAAGUCAACAUGAAUAAAGUCAAAAUUUCGUGAAUUAAAUUGAAAUUUCGAGAUUAAAGUCGAAAUUACAAGAUUCAAGUUGUUGCAAAUAAGGACGAAAUUUCAUGAAUAAAGUCAUAAUGUUGAGAUUAAUAAUAAUAAAUCAACAGUGUUGUCCCUCGACAACAUGUUUUUUGUAGAACAUUUUGUAAAGCUGUACCGUAGAAUUGGAUUUAGUAACAGGGAAAUCGUUGCUCUUUUAGCACACAAACAGAGUUUGGUCAUAAAUAUUUGGACUCUGAAAAGACUGUAACGAAGAUAACGACUUUACAGAAGAAAAAAACAGACAAACUUGGAGGAGGUUGCUGCCUUCGUGCAAAAUGCAAUUUUUUUUAUCUUGAUUUUUUUUUUUCAAUUUUGACUUAAAUCUCGAUAUUUCAACUUUAAUCACAAAAUUGAAAUUAAAAAAAUCUCCCUCCUGUAAUUAUUUUCCUCUCUUCUUGUGCCCCUUAUCCUGUUUUGUAGUUAAGAUAACAUACCUCUCAUUUCCUCUUGGGAGAAAAAAAAAAACAAUCCAUAUGUGUGCGAUGUGAAGUGAUCUAUGAUUUAGAAAAUGUCAGUGAGAAGGUUCAUUCAUCAUUAAUGAUUUAUGAGGCUGCCUUGUUAACAGGUUGACAUCAUAUUAUUUGAGCUCUGUUUGACAUGUCUCUGAACACGUCGCGUUAAUAAAUGAUGGACUGACCCUGCUAUGCCUCGUUUCCUUUAGCGCCAGUGACUUAGUCAUGAAAGUCGAUGCCCUCCUCACAGCAGCCCCCAAAGGAGAGGUCAGGAGAGAUGUCAGCUUUAUCAAAGACAGCCACAGGUGGGCAACAGUUUUCCUCUCUGUUUACUGGCCUUUUGACUCUACAGUCUCUCAGGGAAGUGUUUUUAAUUCUCCUUUUUUUUUAUAACGGAUCCAAAAAAUUGCCACGCCAUCAUUUCAAGCCGACCGGAAAGGCGAAUCUUUUUGAUAUACGGUUUUGCUGAAUAAGCUUUGUAUAACCUUGUGUUGCUGAAUCUGCUUUGUGUGCGACGUCCUCCUUCACAGUGUGCUCCAUCUCUCUCCGCGGGAGAAUGAGGUGUUCUAUGAUGUUGUGGCCGUCGUUGACCCGCUCACAAGGGAGGCACAGAAGAUGUCCUCUCUGCUGAUUGUAAGCUGUUUUCCCCCACUUCCUAUUCUUCUCAUCUCUGUCCAUUGAUUCCUCGCACAGCAGAGACACUUUAAAUUCACUCGCACUGAAAAGAGGGCUACAAAGCUUUUGAUGAGUCACGGUUAUAUAUAUUCUCGAGUGUGCAAAGCUUGUGUUAAGAUUGAUAUUCUACCUUCUACACUUCAAAAGUAUUUAUUGAGCCAUUAAAGUUGAUCAGGAAGUGGAAAAAGUUCUUACUUUUUGUUAUGGAUUCUUAGAGAGCAAUAACAAGUUUGCUGCUUAGUGUUUAAACAGAUGAGGUCCUUUAGGGACUGUUUCCUCAAUGAAUGUACACAGUUCUAUUGAAUUAGCCAUUAGCUGUUUGCUGUGUCUUUCUGGAAACUUCCUUUGGUGGAGGUUCGGUCUCAGGUGAAUGACUCAGACAGUCAGUGAGACAGCCACCUUUUCAGUGGUGGACUGCAGCUCCACCAAGAAAUAUUAUAUGAGGCAGUUUGAUACACUCAAAACAACUUACCAAGGUUGUUUUUUUUAAUCAUUUUUACAUUUCAUAUCUUAAGGGAAAUAGUGGUAAGAGGUUUCAUUAUUUAAGAGCCAUCUAAAAUUCAGGAAAAUAAAAGUAAUAGAAAGUGGAACAGGAAGAUACACUCGAUCCUUUUCGUUCAUAAAAAGACUCUUGUUUGUCCGUUACCUCUCUGGUGGCCUCGAGGUCUACUUUGCUCCAGAUUUCUAAUUGGGUCUUGUCUUCUAUGACCCCUGCAGGUGCUCAGUCAAGUGGUCAAUGUGAGACUGCAGGUGUUUAUGAAUUGCAGGGCCAAGUUGUCCGAGAUGCCCCUCAAGAGGUAAGCUGCAGUUCCAGCAGUAAUUAAAUUUCCCUGUUUGGCUUGUUUGUGUAUCCUCCGACCACUUCGCCUCGCCUCCUUUCCUUUGUAAGAUUAUACUGCGCAGAUUCAAUCUGCUUAAUAACACCACCUUAUUGCUUUGGGCCUCCCCUCCCAUCUCCGGGCAAAUUGCUUACAGCUUGCACUACUGCUGUGGUUCACGGCAUGCUGUAAAAACAACAAAAUGAAAAAGAAAACACAAAAAAACAAAACAAAUGAAAGGUUGAAAUAGUUCAUUAUCAUUUGCGCUGCUUAGUGUUUGUUAGUCAUCAUGUAAUUUCUUUUUUAAUUUGUUCUGUAAUGGGUUGAGUUGUUUGUAGUUUGGCUCUUCUGGAUGCUGUCUUUUCCAGUGCCUCAUGGCAGAACUCUUUCUGGGAGCUCAGCUUCAAUUUGGAGGGAGAGUUUGCAGUUUGACUUUUAUUGACCAGCCUGAAUUGUCAUGAUGGAAAUAACUCUGAGCACUUCAAAGCACCCCCUCCUCAACUCAACACACGUCCUCUUCCCUUGAGCGACAGUUGCUUAUAAUCGACACAAAUAGAUGCGUGAUAUUUUCACAUUACAGAUAAGUAGAUGUCCGCCUUCAAAGCUGCUACAAGCUGGUCCACUCAUCCAGAAUGCAGCGAUGCACAAACAUUUAAUCUCACUAGCUUCUGUGGCAGAGAUAGUUUGUGUUUCUGGUUGCUUUGCUAAACACCAUGUUUUAAAUGUGACUGUUGAAAUUAACCUACAAGGGCAGAGGACAGACUAUUAAAGGUCUGAUUAAGAUUAUAAAGGCUGGGUCACUGGAUUAGGGCUGAUAAAUCCUAGUCGACUGGUCGACUUAUUGUUCGAUGUGUGCUGAGUCGACCAAAAUUCUUAUUGGUCGACUCAAUUUUUUUCCACGUCAGUUUACAGUCUAUAGUUAAUGUCAUCAGUAGGAACGUACCAAGUGCUAAUGGGGGUGUUUUCAGAGCACCCCCAUUUCACAAGUAACAGCCUUUCUCAGAACACCCCCUUGUUUUCACCAUUUUGGAUUCGCCCAACCCACUGGUGACAGGAAGAUUUAACAGUGUCCACAUUCAUCAACGUUCGGUGGUUUGUUAAAUAUUUAUUUAUAUUUUGAGCAUUUCAACUUUCAUUAUGUUUAAUUGCCUUCUUGUGCUGAUAUCAGUAUAUUUUCACGCCAAGCCGCGUGGGUUUUAGAUGACCAAGAAUUUCUUCAGUUGAUUACAGCCCUACACUAGACUAUCAGAAUGUUUCACUUUGAGGAAUAAAUGAGCUUUUUAAAAACAAAAUAUGUACAUAGCCAGUUGUAACCAUAAAUCAAAUCCACUUGUUUGAUAGCAACAGAUUUGGUAACCCUAGAGCCAAGCCCCCCUGGAUACACUUCUGUCAGUGGACACACACACAAUCUUUUCAGUGUCACUGGAUUUAUUCAAUUCAAUUGAUACUUCUCAGAGCAGCAGGAGGGACCACAGGGCUGCUCGUCCUCUAUCUCUCACUUUUCUUCUUGUGGACACUCAGUCAUCUCACAAACAAACGUAUCAAGUGAGGACCCCCUUGUGUACUGAUAUUCUCCUCCUUAACUACAACCUCUCCUUCUUACAUUCCCGGGCUUUGAUAACAGCUCCCAUCUCACACUGGAGCAAACAGCCUCUCUGUAGCUGCACUGCUCUGGUUCACUCUAACACUGCUGUUGUGGCAUGGAUUAACUUUAAAGACUUUUAAUGCAAAUAAGAAAUGCAACGAUACACCUUUGAAUAAAAAGAAAGCAUCAGCACAAGAAUCAGCGUUGGUUAUCAGCACUCAUAUGACUCCUCUGUGCUGAUGAAAAGGAAUCAGUGAGCCCAGAAUACAUGUACUGGCAGAGAAAAGGAAGAUUUCUGGUGCACAGACUAUCACAUAUGUUUCUGUUAUUGGCGGAGCAGGAACACUGUCAGUAACAGUAUUAGGUUCCUCACUUUGAGGAGAUCCUAUAUACUGAGCUGUCACAACAGCGCAUAUCUCCCCUGUCCUAGAAAAUAAGACUGUUGCACAACAUGUCAUGAUUUCAGUGCAUGCUGUGGAGGACUUUGCCUUUGUUGGUCUAAAUUGUCAACUCAGUAUACUGGCAAAAGUCCUGGAUAUUCACCCAUUUAGUGCUUCUGCUCUCCACUCUGUCAGAUUUGAUGUUAACGGGCAAUUAACGAGGGAGCAGUUUAAUUUGGUUCGUCUCUUCUUGUCUUUUCACAGCUUUUACCGCUUUGUCUUGGAGUCCGAUGUGAAUUUCUUGGCAAACGACACAGUUUCUCCAGGACCAGUUGCCCGCUUCACGGAGCUCCCAGAAUCCCCCCUUCUCACCUUGAAUAUGAUCACACCAGAGAGCUGGAUGGUGCAGGCUGUCCGCAGCCCCCAUGACUUGGAUAACAUCCACUUGCAGGAGGUAACCUGCUCCUUAGUCAUUCCCCUCCAGCACUCUUUGCACUCUGGCCCCUUUAAGCGCAGCCGAGGUGCUCUCUAUUAAUCACUCCCUUGUUGCUGAGUUUUUGCACAUCCUCUUUGUAAUGUGCUUGUUCUCUCCAGGUGAGCGGGGUCGUGACAGCUGAGUAUGAGCUGGAGUACCUCUUGCUGGAGGGUCACUGUUUUGACCUGUCAACUGGGCAGCCUCCCCGUGGACUGCAGUUUACCCUGGGCAUGAGUCGGGACCCGCUCAUGUAUGACACAAUCGUCAUGGCGAACCUGGUCAGCAGCUUUUUAUGCUUAAUACUAGAGUUAGCAAAGUUUAUGAACAAUGGAUACAAACCUGUUAUUGUUACUUUUUUAAAUCAGGUUUGACUGCAUAUAAAGAUGGACAAUGUGUUUCCUCCUUCUCUUACUGUACAAAAGUGACACCAAAAUACUCAGAUAAAAUGGUAGCACCAAUCAGUUUAAAGCUGAUACUGAAAGUUAAGUGACUCUCAUGAAAGUAUUUGAUUUCCUCAAGUCUCCUCUCGCUGUUUUCCUCCACACUGCUAACCUGAUUAACACAGCGCCACAAGUCUCAUUUGUCAACAGAGCUCUUAAUCAUAACUAUUUAAGGCUAAAACUCUCUGAAGAAUAAAUGUCAGACAUUAAUCAGCAUGAUGAGAAGAAAUCAUGUUGAUAGAUAAUGUGUUUGAGAGAAAUUUCUUUGAUGUUAAUCAUAGUUUUAAAACUUGAGUCAUGUCCCAUCUACCAACAUGGAGGAAGCUUGGUUUCUGUAGCAGCUUGUCAGUAGAGGAUUUGCAAGUCUUUCCACCUCACUCUUCUUGGAGUUUUCACUUUGUCUGUGUCAAACAGUUUUGUCCCAGGGUUGCAGUGACCACUCAAACUUAUUGUGCUUCAACCGUAACAGGGAUACUUCCAGCUGAAAGCCAACCCUGGUGCCUGGACACUGAGAUUACGUAAAGGAAGAUCCGAAGACAUCUAUCAGAUUCUCACGUGAGUAUUCCAGACUGCCGUACUCGUCUUUUUCCUCUCAGUCCUUACUGUUAUCAACAUAUUUUGAAAACAAACCUCAAAGCGGGGAUACUAAUUAGGUAGCUUCGUCAGCAUCAAGCCUGUUUUCACCUACCUCUCCAUUUCAUGCUGGUGGCUAUGAAACCUAUCACUAUGGUAACAUGGAGAGCUGCUGACACUGUAGCAGCUCAAGGUUUUGAUGAGUGCAGGGAGUUCUGCUCACUAUAGAGGGGAAAGAGAGACAAGUGGGAGGAGAGCAGUGCUAUUAAAGAGAAGACAGAGUGGAGGGAUGAUUCAGCUGGUCACCUGCCACGCCAUCCACCUCAGACAGCAAAAUAUCUGCAGCAGAACGUGUUUCAGUUUGGAAGGCGUAGGUGUCAAAAGGCUUCAUAAACGAGACACAGUGCGUUGGCGUUGUCUAAUUUCCCAGGACAAAUGGAAACCAUGUUAUGCUUUAGUUGGGGUGAUUCAUUUUUUUCCAACAAAAUGUGAUAUUUCAUUCCUUUUAUUCUUUGAAUUCUGCUUUUACUUUAAUUAAAAUGCUCUGUAGUACUUUAGUCCUUAAGACAAAUCAAAUCUUUUCUUUUCGCCCGUGAAUCAACAAAAGGAUUGAUAAUCUCUCACUGUCAAUUUGAUUUAAUAGCUCAAAUUCCUGCCGCUUAUAAUGGUUUGCAUAGGCAGCUGUAGUGCAUCAUACUUGUUCUAACCACAAUCACCGAUAUUGUCCUCUCAGGCUUUCCUCACAUAAGAUUUAGGACACAUACAGCCCUCGGUUUCUCUGGAAUCAUAUCAGACAACCAAGAUUUAUUCUCCAAUCCUCCAGGUGAGGCAAAGGGGUGAUGUCAUUUUUCACCCUGGCAGUGUCAUUAUUCUUGUGGUUAGCGGCACUCUGCUCUGGUUAGGUGGCCGAUCAGAGGCUAGUGGGGGGAGUGUCUGUGCUCUCCGUUCCCACAGCCUGCAUUUUUCCUCUUGCACUCUGUGCUGCCACUGUGCCUCGCCCUGACAACGAUGAAUGAGAUGGCCGGUUCUCCUCUCUCCUCAGAGCAAGGAUACGGAUUGAUCUCUGGUGCUUUCUAACACAAGCCCUAAAGGCUGAGUUGCAUCAGUGACAGCAGAGUGGGGGAAAACACAAGCAGAAUUUGAGCAUGGUGGGGUGGGGGAAUUGCACUUUGGGUCCACUUAGGAGGGGGCAUUUAUCAUAGUGAUAAGGUUAGUUUUUUUGCCUUUAGUAAGCACUGGGGUCGUAAUGGCUUGCUGUGCAUCUUGGCCUAUUGCUCAUCUGUUCCUGAAGUUUGCUCCCUGGUGUUUCACCAUCGGACCCUGCGGAACCUGCCUGCCAAAAGACAUUCUGCACCGGGCAAAUCAGUCCUAAAACAAUUACAGUGAAAGGCCAGUGUUGCACAAUCAAUAGUGGACAGAAUUCCUCAUUUGAAUUUACCAGUUUGUACAGCGCGGCUGGGAAGUACUGAUGGGGAAAAUAAUGGAAAGGUGAUUCUUAAUGGUGAUUGAGUGCAAUGAAUAUGGUGUGACCCUGGCAGCUGGCCCAGUCUCUCUUUUCUCAGUGGUUGAUCCAUUGGCUGCUGUCUGUUUCAUGAGUAGAGGCUGUACAGUGGAUCGUUUUUGCACUGUUGUCAUGUCCUAAACAUGUGACCUAAUUUCAGACGCUGUUUCUAACUCAAGCGCAGGAUUAAAACUAGAUAAUAAUCAUGAUUUGAGCUUUUUAGGAAGAGGUCACAUAAGCUUUUUGCUGUUUAAAACAAUGAUUCAUGCUAAGUCUGUGGUGACUUGCCUUAGGGUAACUAUUCAGCUGCAUCAUAGAGCCCCUGCAAAAAUCAGCUUUGCUUGUGUCUCAGUGUUAAAUGGUCUAGUCCUUAUUCGUCAGUUUCUCAGCUAAUAGCUGUCUGUUUGUUUACAUUAUAUCUCUCUGCCCCCGCCAGCUCACCUGCCAAUCAAACACAUACAUUGACCUGCCUACUCACAGACUUGGAGGCAUCUCUCAUUUAUCUCUGCAGAUAUUUUUUUUUUCUGUGUUUAUUAGUGGCAGAUCUCACCAGUUAAUAUGCAAAUGAAGUUCACAUUUUCUUCAACUGCAACUGAAGUUUAACACAUUACAGUUUUAGUUCGAUUACAAAUAUGGGAUUACAUAAAGCUGGAAGACUAAUAAAAUAUAAAGCUGUUUAAUGUCUGAUAAUGAAGUAAAUUACAUUUAUGUUGUUUAAAGGAAUGACAGCACUGACAGCUCUUCAUAUCCUAAUAAUUUGCUUACAGACUAAAUCCGAUUCUUUUCAAAUGAUUUGUUUGAUCUCUUAAAACAAAACCCCAUUGAACUUAUUUCAUACUACAAAUAUCACAAAUAUUAAGAUGUUUAUCAAAUUAUUUAAACCUUAUUUUCAAUGGGAAAUAACACAAAGACAGAUAAUGUUAUACUCACAAUAAUUAACAGAUGUUUAAUGUCAGCAACAAGAAUCACAGUGUAUCUCUUUUUCAGGCAUGAUGGAACAGAUUCCCCUGCAGAUGCUGGAGACGUCAUCGCCGUACUGAACAGUUUUCAAAGCAAGAUCAUCAAAGUCAGAGUGAGUGUGUUCCUGAUACAUUCCUCAAUUAUAUUUAGCACAUUUUCCCAAAAUACCCUCAUGUAAAGACACUGGCAGUGAGUGUAACACCGUCUGAAAUAGAGUCGCUGAAUCAAGAUCAUUGUAUUGUUGUUUUCUUUCUCUCCACAGGUACAGAAAAAGGCAGAUAAGAUCAAUGAAGAUCUUCUAAGUGAAACAGGAGAAAGCAAAGGCAUAUGGGACUCAAUAGCAAGGUGGGGAAUCUAUUCUCAAAUCAAAUCCAGCUAAAUGUAGUUUAUUCUGGUAGGUUUUUAAUCUUCCCCCAGGUGACUGACAGUUAUAGCCGAGAGCAAAUUGAUAGUUCAGUCGUCUCACCCACCUUCUGUUUGUCAAUUAUCCACUGUGGUUUUUAGGAGAUCUAAUCCCCCCCUUCGAUCCAGACUGCAAUAUUAUGCUGUAAGAUCUAGUCUUGCAAAAAAUAUGUGCUUCUGUAGGUAUGUGUGUGUUUGUGUGUGUUUGUAUACGUGUGUGUGCAUUUGUGUGUUUCUCCCCAACACUUCCUAACUGUGUGAUCUUGUCUUCUCACUUAAUGCUUGCUGUGUGAAGUGUUUGGAGCACUAUAGAGAAAAGGUAGGCAGUAUCACUGCGACCCAUUUAACACCUGAAACUCCACUGUCACACUCAUUAGCAUGUAGUGUCUAUUGGUGGUUUCCAGUGUGCUGCUCGACUCUGCUGCGUUUGAUGAUGAACCACGAUGACCUAAUUUGACUAAACAUUUAUGAAACAGGAUGUCGCCAUUGAACCAUUUUUGAAUACUCGCACAUUAUCAUUUCACGUUUUUGUUUGCAUUAAUUCUUGUAUAAUUUUUUGAGAAUACCAGUGAUAAUUCUAAGUUUGGAAAGAAUGCACUUAUGCAUGUAUUAUUCAUGCAUAAGUGCAUGUAGCUAUGUUCAUAAACACAUUGUGCAUACUAUCAUACAUGAUCUCAAAUUUCAACAUUUUCUCUGAAGUUAAGAAACUGUCUUCUAGAGUUUCAUGUAGGACAUGUUGAAAAGAAAGUAAAGAUAGGGCAGUGGAGUUGCUUCCACUUGCUACACAAACUGGUUCAUGGAAAGUGUUUUUUUACCUGUGUUGCUGAAAGAGCAAGGAAAAGAGGAAAGAAAGUAGAGCAUUACAAAAGAUGCUAUUUUAGGUCGAAUGUUUUCCUCAACUGUUGCUCUUUAAGAGAUGUGCUGCCUCAACAUACUGAUACAGUUUAGUUUGGUUGAAGUAUCUCUGUGUUCAAGUGUUUACAUGGAGAACAGAAGACUCCCCUUUGCAGCGCACUCUUGGUCAUAGAAGUCUUUGUGCUCAUUCGUACUGAAAGAAGCAGAUCCAGGUUUGGAGGUUUGUCCUUCAGGCCCACAAAAACCUGAAGGGAUCGCAGCCUACCUUGGUAUUUUCUUGUUGACGGUCAUUUUGAGACGUUAGUAUUUGAACUCGUUGGUACAUGUUUCCUCCAAUGUCACAGAAACUUCCUGCACAGCUGAAAGUGGUUAGAAAGAUGAAUAAGUAGAUUAAUAGAUUAAAAUAAUCUGGCAGCCAUUUUUUAGCGGUAAGUCUGUUUUGAGAUGUGAUUACUUCUCAAGUGCCUGUGAUGUGUUAUGAAUCCAAAAUGUACUUAAACUGGACGGCAAACAGAUGCACAGGUCUCAUGACAUGGUGGAAGGAAGAUACUUACCACGUUUAUCAAUUAGGUCUAACCAAACAUCUUGUCAUUUCAUUCAGUCCACCUUAAAUAAAUGGUUCUAGAGAGUUGAACUCAAACACCCCUAUCUGGUCUGUUCUCUUCAUUCAGUCAAAGAUUCAGUCAAAGCUGUUCUUUGCCUGAGUAUGGAAAAUAAAAUCAUGCAAGUAGUAGUUUGCUCAGAGAUAUAAGAAAAUAUCUUUCACAGAAAUUUGAGCAAAAGUCAUGAAUAUGUUUUGUAAUGACUCAGACAGUUUUUUCUAGAAGUUUCUCACACCAUGUAGAUCUGGACUAGAGAAAGUCCUGUUGGUUUGAAAGUCAAGUAGUCUUUUAAAACAUUGCUCUAUUUGUAAGCACAGGCUGCUUUUAGGAUUUGGUUGUAAAGGGCUGGACUGAAGCUUGUUUAUUGAUCUCACACCUCUGAAGAAUUAGUGGGCUUGAAUUCAUGCAUCAGUAAGCGUCAGAGCGUCUUAGUGACAGAGUUGUUACAAACUCUGGCAUCUCCUAAAGGGAGCUUUAUCCCAACAGAGCAAAAGUGAAAAUGGAUUUGAAUCCUAUUCUGUCUGUUUACAGGCUUUUCUUCGACGCUUUGUGAUUCAUGUCUUGUGAGCAGUCUCUUACUUUCCUUUUCAUCUGUGGCUGGAGAGGAAGACUUUUUCUCAUGUGCUCUCAGUCUGGGAAAUAUUGAGGGUUUUAUGCUGGUUAUGGAAGCCAUAAAGAGAAAUCUGCUGUGAUAGAGAGCUUCAUGCAAUCUGCACUUUUGGCCAUCACUGGGCAAUGAUGCUGCUGGGACAGCAGCCAGCUUUUUUGGUAUUAAGGUGUUGCCAGCAGUUCAUGGUGAGGUACUUCUAGCCAAGACUUCCUUUUUUGUGCAGCAUUGUUUACAGUCCAAUUAGAAACUGGAGCAACUGUUUGUUUGGAUCAAAAACAAACACAAAUGGCUCCUCUGGAUAUGUCAGCAAGAUAAAAGCCGGCAUUUCUCGGUCCAAGUCAUCCUACACAGUAACACCGGUUCAUCAGUUUCUGGUGAGGCUCAGUUUCACUGUAAAUAAUAAGUUACCUCGAAGCUUCAAUCUGACUUAACACAAAAAUCCCAAGAGAGACCAAAGUUCUGUUGAUUCACUCGGAUUUAAUGCUGAAAUAACAACAUCUGGGUUCAGAUUUUUGUCCUCAAGUUAAAAAUAAGACAACUUUUGAAAUGCUUGUUAGUUAAAUUGAAGUCAGGUUGAUUAUUCCUGAUUUAACUCGUGAAGUUUGGAUACCUAAACCAGACUGGCUUUAGCCACACAUCAAGUAUAUAUGCAACAGCUGUUCAAAGAUAAAGUGAUAAUAGUCAGAUAACCACCAACUGGGAGCACAGAUGUUACAGAUGAGUGCGCUCUGCCUGCUUUUGCUCUCCAUACAUUUUUUCCGACUCAUACCAGCUGAUUUAAGACUACUCAGACACAACAGGUUUAUUGCCAAAGUUUGGUCUUCUAUGUACAGAUCCAACAUUUGAUAGAUCUGCUAGUGUGUGGGUAACCUAAGAGAUAAUUUGGCUUUUAAAUAACAGAUGAUGUAAAAGGCUCAUUUCCCAAAGUAAUUAUAGGACCUCGGAGACUGUCCAGGGAGGCUCCAACCAUGCGUGAUUUUUCAAACUGAAUCCAGAUGAAGGGCAGGAGUGGGUAGAAAUGAUGAUGCAUGAUAAUAAAAUAAAAGGAUGAUAAACAGAUGUAAGUAAAAAUGUGAUAAGUUGAACAAUUAACCCUAGAAAAAGAAGUUGUGAUCAGAGGAGUGCUUUACUAAACACGUGCACUGAACAUCCACCAAUCAUCACUUUUUCUUCUAGUUUGCAAACAUGGCAGACCUCCUGCUGUUGACAUCUCUGUUCAGGUUUUUGCUCUAUGGGAAGAGCUGGAGUAAAAACAGAAGUAGACUUUUGUCCGCUGUCCACUACUCGGGAUUUAUCCUCAGCUUUGUUGAUCAUUCCAGAGGUCCAGAUUAUCUUGAGCGAGUCUGCCAAACAGGCUCUCACCUGACCUUCUAAAGCUGCUUAUCUUUAGGGGGGGAGGGCCUAUUGAGGUGCUGGAGGCCCUCUAUAAUGGUAGGCUUAGUCAUGGCAUACAGUUGGCAUCCCCAGACCCUACAGAUGUACGGUGACUCCCCAGAGGCAAACUGCUGAGCUAGAGAGAGCGGUGAUGUGAUUUGAGAGCACUUAAUGUUUUAGAGAGGACUGGCUACUGGUGGAAAGGAAAGCUAUGCAGCCUUUGUGAGAUUGGUAAGCAGGUCACAUCCAUACAACAGUCAGUCUCUUGACCAUGUGUAGUUGGUUUUAAAAGACAUGCAGAGAGGGACGGUAACUCCCCUUCCUUCUCUCCCACUUCUCUCUCUCACUCACUGGUGUCUUGGUGGAGCCUGGAGGCAGAGGGCUGUGAUUGAGUGUGGGAGAGACACUCCUUCCCUCAUCAGCAGUCUAUUACAGACAAGGACACACAGUUUGGCUGCAGACACAUCCACCCUCCAGCAGAAGUCCCGAUUUCUGUCCGCUAAAUGUGACUUGCAUCAUGAGCCAUUGCUCCCUGGUAGCUGUUUGAGUUUGUUGCAGCUGAGUUGAAAAGUGCGGAAAGUGGCAUCUGGACCAGUAUUUCACACAGAAGCCUAAAAACACACAAUCUCAUUUGGUGUGCUGGGUACCAUAGUGUUGUGUAUGGUGUUUGAUGCUGGCACCCAUGGGUUUGCAUAAUUUGGAUCAAUUUGCAAAAUUGUGAGCAUAAAUGUUAUUUAUUAAGCUAUUAUAUGCUUUAACUGCGAGAUUAGACGUGCUGUAAACCUAAUCCCUAAUGGAAGCCUCACACACAGAGAUAAUUUUCUGUUUGGUUUUGAUCAUAGCUUUUGAUUACACCUCUAGGUAUUUGCUCAGCUUGGCGGCUGCAACCACGACUAAAUUUCCCCUGCAAACUUCAAAUAACUUUCGCCUACAAAUCCUCUAACUGAUCUUCAGACUUGUACACUGGAAAAAAACUGCACGGACAGCUAGAGCUAAAAAAGAUUCUUACUAGUUUUGUUUUGUUUUGGCUUGUUGAACAGAAAUCUACAAAUAUGAGAAACUAGAAGCAACAAAUUAGACAUUUAGACCUGAUAAAUAAACAUCAGUAUAAAAUUUGGGGUGAUCCAUUUAGAUAACUGAUUCUUGGAACACUAGCGGUGAGAAAUGCACUGAACAUACACAUUAUUUAUUAAGUUAGAUAAUAUAAAACAAAUUAGAACUUUUAUUUGCUCUAAUAGGACUACAUCAGGGUGAUCCACUCCCCCAGCUGCCUUUUUGUCUCUCCAUUUAAAAAGCACCACGGAACCAGGACAACAGCUGCGUGUGUCAAAGAAUCUGGCACAGUAGCACCUGAAGCCUUGUAUUUUUAAUAGCAACAUAAUGUCUUAAAGUGAAUUCAUAAUUCUGCAUAAAUGCUGCUAUUAAACUAUGCAACGACAUAAAGGCUUUAACUGACAGUAACAAUGGCAACUUGGGGCCAGGACAGCCCUUAACUUCAUCUUUUUUUUUAGGUUUUUAUUCACAUUUAUAUUCAGAAACAAAAGAUAUUAAUAAAUAAACUGACAAAUAAAAAGAAGACCUUGUGGGGACAUCUGAACUUGAGAAUCAUGUCGAAGAAAGUGGUGAGAACAUUCAGUUUCUCUCUUCUUAGUAAAGGAUUUUGUAACUGUUUCUACCCACCUGCUGAAGUUUAAAGCCUGGGGUUUGUACCGGCAUUUCUAUUUUACAAACAGUGAGCAGUAAUUCACACAGAUAGCAGCCAUUUAUAUCAAAAACUACUUCCUCUAUCAAUAAACCAAAAGCCUUAACACCCUUUGGGAUUGCAUUGCACAGUAUUUUCUCUCAGUUUAACAUCUAUUCACUCAGGAAAGGGAAAGAUCCAAAAUCACAGAAAUGAUUGGGCAUCAUGUGUAUACUUUCUUGAUUGAUGAAAUUUGGUAGUUGUAUUUUCAUUUAAAAUAAUUCAGUGGUUCUUUUACCAUAACUCAUCACAAUGUUUUUGAUGUGUCGGUUAUGUGAGGUAUCGACUAAAGGGGUAUUCCGGUGUAAAAUUAAGUAAGUGUCAAACACACCGUAACACCAAGUUAGACACCCCCCAGAGAGAUGAAUGUUGCUGACUGCUUGCUUCUCUAGUUAUAUCAACUUUAGUAAUGACCGCACGAUAGCAAUACACAGUGGUCUAUGGAUCCACGCACAGACCUCAGCCACUCGAUAGCCACAAAUAAUACUCAGAACAGCACCUAACUUCAUCAACAGUACAUAUAGGGUCCCAGCCAUAGUAGUAGCCACCAAGCAUCUUUAUAGCUUUGCAGAAUUCCUUUAGCAAAGAGACAAAAGACAACUUACCCACUCACUUCCAGAAGCUGCUUGUUUGUGGGGGAGCCCUGACAAGUCGAUCACUGAUUGCAGCGGAGUUUCGCAGCUAAAGGAAGAACACUUAUGAUGAUUACGUCAUGGAAAUGCAAUCAGGCCUGUUAUUAUUAUUAUGAUGAUUAAUACUUCAAGGAAAUGAUCCGCUGAACUCGGUGAUCGACGCGUCAGGACUCCCCCACAAACAAGCGGCUGCUAGAAGAGAGUGGGUGAGUUGUGUUUGGUCUCUGCUAAAGAAAUCAGGCAAAGCUAAAGAGAUGUUUGAUGGCUAGUACUAUGGCUGGGACCCUAUAUGUACUGUUGAUGAAGUUAGGUGCUGUCCUGAGCAUUAUUUGUGGCUACAGAGUGGCGUUUUGGUUGAGGUUUGCGCGUGAUGACGUAGAUGGCUGUGUAUUGCUAUCUGCGGUCAUUACUAAAGUUGGUAUAACUAGACAGGCAAGCAGUCAGCAACAUUCAUCUCUCGAGGGGGUUUCUAACGUGGUGUUAAGGUGUGUUUGACUCUAACUUUAUUUUACACCAGAAUAUUCAUUUAAAUCCUACAAAAGGAAUCACAAACAUGUUGACUAUAAAACUGUAGGUUUUGAAUUUGAAUUUGAAAAAAAUUGGCUCCUUAUUUCAAAUGGAGAAGGAAGGAUUGUUACCAAACAUAGUUUUCUCUGUGAUGAUGCAUCUUUGCAGUUUCACCAUUUAGCUCCCAGCCCCAUGCAUCUGUCCAUGACAGUGAAAUGUGUGUGUAUGACUGCUCGAUGGCUUUAUUUCAUCUCCACUGCUGCCAUUUAGAAUUGAACGGUGCAUCUCUGGUCGGCUGUUAAAGAAUGAAUCAGUUUUGAUUCUUUGUAUCAUUGACUGUCUCGUAGCUACAUGUGGAUAUAAAAAUGAGAGGCUGCUUUAAUGUUGCAGCUGUAUCUGUUCCAGUUCAAUGAUUCAAGUUCCCUAGAGGAGUUCACAUCAAAUUAAAGCUUUCCAGAGGAUUGCCAUUCGCUUUGUAUGAUCUCAUUUUAGGGAAACACAUUACUGCAUGGUGUGUUUGAAAAUGUCUGAUGUCUUUUUUACUCACUGUAACUAAAUGUGAAUUCACACAGACAACACUCAUGCAUUUCUGUGUGGUUUACAGCAUCACAGGCGGAGGCUCUAAGAAGGAUGAAGGAGAGAAGAAGAAGGAGGAUGUAUUAAACAUAUUUUCUGUGGCUUCAGGUCAUCUGUACGAGCGCUUUCUGAGGUGGGUCACUUUCAGUUCACAAAAGCACUCAGUCACCAGCUUACUUUUAAGGCCGUACACGUUGCAGCUCUUUUAGCCCUGAUCCUCAAACUGAUCCUUCACACUUGCUGUCUUUGUCAGAAUAAUGAUGCUGUCUGUCCUUCGGCAUACCAAAACUCCUGUCAAAUUCUGGUUCCUCAAGAAUUACCUCUCCCCGUCGUUCAAGGUACUUCUCCUCACCUUAUGACUCAAUAUGAGAGUUUUGUUUUUCCUGUGUAAUCAGAAUAAACCGCCCCCACUCUCCCCGGCAGAUUCAUUCAUUUUAAGAAAAUUACAGAUCUGGGGUUCUCCUUUUCUGUUUAAUUUUUUUUGUUGUUGAUUUUCUGCAGAUCUUGAAUUAUUCUGUCUAGCUGCAAAAAUGAAAUGCAAUUAUGAAAAACAAACAUGCCAAAGAAAUAGUCUGUCUUCAAGCAAACACAAACUUAUCUUCGAUGAUAAGGCUGGUCACCAAAAAGAUGUAACCAAUUCAAAUUUGCUUAAUCUCUGUCGUGUGCGUUUUGUGUCGGGUAGGAGACCAUCUCUCACAUGGCAGAGGCUUAUGGCUUUCAGUACGAGUUGGUUCAGUACAAGUGGCCUCGCUGGCUGCACCAGCAGACUGAGAAGCAGCGCAUCAUCUGGGGUUAUAAGAUCCUCUUUCUAGAUGUUCUGUUCCCUCUGGCUGUGGACAAGAUCAUCUUUGUGGAUGCCGACCAGGUGAGCGCAGAAUUAAAGUGACAUAGGUGAGACCUGUGUGUGUGUGUGUGUAAGUGAGAGACUCGUCUGUAUCAGUCAACGCUGGUGUCAAAAUUGGAUCAGAUCCUGAAGUGUUACCAAUGUUCUUGCUCUUUCUCGCAGAUCGUCCGGGCUGAUCUAAAGGAGUUGAGGGAUUUAGACCUGGAGGGUGCUCCUUAUGGCUACACGCCGUUUUGUGACAGCCGCAAAGAGAUGGAGGGCUACCGCUUCUGGAAAACAGGCUACUGGGCCUCACAUCUAGGACACAGGAAAUACCACAUCAGGUUUACUUCUUUUAAAAAACUUUGAAGUAGAUCCUUGCUGUUGGAACUUUUUUUGAAUACCAGAAGCUUUUGUCACUUUUAGACAAAACCACUUCUGUUAGAGAUGCAGCAGAAUAAAUUCAGUCGUUUAAAAGUACCACUAGUCAGAUUAUUCUGAAAUAGAGUACAUCUGUAACAACCUUUAAAAUUCAUCUGAACUCGAGAUUGGGUCUGUGUUCAGUGAAUCAUCUGGGGGAAUUAUUCAUUAUUCUGCAAAAGUGAGUAUCAUAUCUGAGAACUGUGAGGAACUAAAAAUAAAAAUAAGGAAGAGGAACAGAGUUUCAGUUAAAGUGCUGUAGUUGUUUUGUUCAUGGAGCUAUCUGGAUCUCAAGAACUACAAAACCAGGACUCGGUUAAACCUUUUAAGAAGUCAUAAAGUCUCACUUCACUCUGGCAGCACAAAUCAACUAAUGCACCAGAUGUUUGUUUUGUUGAACAUGCUGGAAGUAAAAUUAGAUUCUGUUGUGCAAGCUCGACUUCAAAUGUGUUAAACUCCGCCACAUCCCUUCACACUUUGAUUUUUUUUUUAAAAAGAGAGGACAAAAACAUUGUUAAAAAAAAAAAAAAGUAGCUCCUCUACCCAAAGGCACCUUGUUCGUCCAGUUUCCAUGGUGACUGGACCCCACCAUCUAUAGUAGCAGUUCCUGUGGAUAUAUUUGAGCAUCUGAUUCCUGUGUACAGCGAUGGUGUUUAUUAAAUAAAGCACUGGGUUCAGCUCCAUGCCGGGCACCUGACACUGAGUUCCCCCUCCGUCGGUGUGAUGGCUAACUGGGUGGCUAAACAUGGAGAGCAGAAACUUUCCACUUUACCUUCAGCUGAUGAGGACAGGGCAGAGGAAAAGUCAGAAAACCACCGAGAUUUGAAUGGGUGCCAGUGUGCUGCUCAGCUCUGGCAGGACAAAAGCACUGAGGGUGAAUGAUCCGCAUCAGUGAAGCCAGGAAAACAUUAUGUGGUGAAUCUCCUCUGGCUGACACAGACCUCAUAAGCAAUAAGUGAAACUACAUUGUGUACACCAUUUGGUUUAUUAAUAUUGCAUUACAUGUGAGGUGCAAUUAUCCGACUGUGCCUAGGGUAUUUAUCUUUAUGAAGUCAUUAUUUUAGUGAUAUGAAGUUAUUCUUUAGGGAUCUUCAGCUCAGGGUACGGUUUACUCACAGAGCGCUCUCUCUCUCUACCUGUACUCUCCCCAGCGCUCUGUUCGUGGUGGAUUUGAAGAAGUUCAGGAAGAUUGCAGCAGGGGACAGAUUACGAGGCCAGUAUCAAGCCCUGAGCCAAGACCCCAACAGUCUGUCCAACCUGGAUCAGGUAAGAGGGAUGAGGAUGCUCUGUGAACUCCACCUCCACUUUGAGUCACAGUUUGUUUGUUUUUUUUUAAUCAUCUCAAUGUUUUUGUUGUGUUCUCCAAGGACCUGCCGAACAACAUGAUCCACCAGGUGGUCAUUAAGUCCCUCCCUCAGGAGUGGCUGUGGUGUGAGACAUGGUGUGAUGACACGUCUAAAGUCACAGCCAAGACGAUAGACCUGGUGAGUCCCAGAGGAAUCUGAAAAGGUUCAAUCUCUCUGAUGGAGACAUAUGAAAACUGUUUAUGAUCCAGUUAGUGUAAGUCUGAUAAACAGGGUUUCUACACUAGUAUGGAAAGUAUGGAAAUAAAUUUGAUCAAUUUCUAGGUCUUAAAAAGAAUUGAAAAUGAAAUAAAGUAUGGAAAAAUAUUUAUGUUUCCAGACUAUUACCACAGUUCUGAAAUACCAUUUUCUUGAAUAGAAGAGUAGGUAUUUCCAAAAAUAAUUUUAAAAAGUAGGGUAUGGAAAAGUAUGGAAAUUCCAACUGUGUAGGAACCCUGGAUAAAGAUAUGAAGCCAUUAAGAAACUUCUGAUUCGCUUGCAGUCGUCAGGUCUGAAGUUGGUCAGGAUAGCAAAGGAAAAGGUGUGUUCAAAUCAAAAAUGUUACUAUAUGCCUGCAGAAAAAAACAGAAAUUUCAUGAUUGAUUUCAUCGAACAGUGUUACGCUUGUUGAUUUGUGUCUGGGAAGUCCUAGUUUGGUCACAUCUGUCCUUGAAUGGAGAUAAAAUUCUGCUUUCCUUUUGUCCCUCUGUUGGUUUCCUGCUCACACCAAAGCCUGCUGAUGUGUGAUUGGUCAAUACUGAACUGACCACGAACAUAAACUACAACUGUUCUUAUUUUAAAGUCCAAUCUGGUGUUUACAGGUUGAACUUUUUUAUGUUGAAUGUAAUGUUGAAAAAAGGGGAGGGGGAAACUAGCCACGUGUGGGAGUUGCAAGAUUCUCUCUGUCAUAUUUAAUUGUCUUUUUAUUCGAGUAGUAAAAUCCAUAAAUCCCUUUUGUGAUCUGUUGUCCAUGUGGAUGGUAACUGCUCCAUAUUUUCAGCUUCUUUGUUCUUCCAGUGCACCGUAGUAACAGCAGCACAGAAAAAGAAAAGGAUAUUCUGCGACACUAAUGUCCAUAAGCCACUUGGCAUUUAGGAGACAACUGAGGAGCUAUCCUGUAGUCUCCUAAACUAAUUUAGAGAAUUACUGGCCAGGCUCCAGCUGAAUGGAAUAGGAAGCAUUGUCUCAUUGUGGUUUAGGACACCCACUUGGUAAUUCAGACACAAGACUACGGCUAAUGUCCUUUUAACAGAAUUGGAAAUCAAAUUAGGUUCAAAUGGCUGCCACAGACAGUGCUGGGAAUGGCACUAGGACUUGUUGGGCGAAAGUGACGCUGGUGGCGUGACUGAUGUGUUCUGUCUGCUUUUUUUUUCUGCCGCAGUGCAACAAUCCCAAGACCAAGGAGCCCAAGCUAAAAGCAGCGGCGAGGAUUGUGCCUGAAUGGGUUGAAUACGACAAUGAGAUAAAACAGCUGCUUAGACAAGUCCAGGAAGAGAAAGACACAGACACGCACAAACGGGCUGGCUCUCCCUCACAAGCUAAAAAAGGUUUGUGUCUUGAAGAUUUAAACAUUGUUUCCAGCAAAUUUCUCUUGGCCUAAGUUUUGUCUCUCUCUCUCUCUCUGACCACCGAGCUUACAUUUCUUUCCUCCUCUUCCUCUGCACAGUAGACAACCGGCGAGAUGAACUUUAACGUCUGCCAGCACCAUGCUGAACAGAGACAAGGCAGCUUCUUUUGCAUGCAGGCCACCUGCAAAGCUUGAAGACAGACAAUUCCAUCUAAACAUAGCCACAGACAAGAGUGUUGUUGUACGUCUCCCCAGCCACAGAAGGAUGAGAUAUUUUCAGAGAUGCCAUAUCUGCUUCUGCAGUCAAUACGUCUUACAAAUUAACACGUGAUCUAAGUGUUGCCUGCAAACUGUGAACCACUGCGGCGCUCUCAGCACUACAGUCUGCUCCUGGUUGACCGGAGAAUGAAGUAAACACGGAGAGAGUAAAAGGAGGGGACACUCUGUUAGGUGUGCUCGAGGAUAAGUAGCUGCCAUAUUUUGCACUGAUUGUGUAUCCAAAUAGAAAUAUAGAGAAGGCACAUCUCUGAAACUAUGCAUUGACUGAAAACAUCCAAGCCAAAGUUGUCACUGACUCUUAUGAUUUUAAAUUUUAAUUCUAGCUACAAAGUUGUCACAUUAAAAUGUAUUGACUCAGAGGGAUUUGCAUUAUUUACUUAAUCCAAAGGGGAGGCAGUCAGACUUUUAAAGGAAGGCUCUUUAAUUUCUUCAACAUCAAUUCUGUAUCUAACAAUUUUCUUCAUGUGAUAGUAACGCACAAAUUUAAAGGAUGACAUGUCCUCUUCUGUUAGUGGAAUGAAACCUGUUGAUUAUAUCUAACAGCUUUGAACCAUACCGGUAUCUCGACCACAGCCUCUUCGGAACACGCGCGUCUUUGCAGCAGGAAGCAAAUACCUCUGAGUCUCCAUCUGCUGCUCCAAAACCAGCUGGUCAGCAUUCAGAGCUAGAUGACUGGGAUUCUUAGAACGUAUUGGGAGGAAUUAUCAUGUACAGACGUAUUUUUAGAGUUAAAAUCAAGUCAUAUAUAGUUGUUUUUGAAAUGCUGGACAAGGUGGAAAAACUGUUGUAGUAAAACCUUUCAGUGACCCAAACAGCUUACAGAUGUUAUUUUUUAGUCUUAAUCAGAGCUGUUUAUUAAGAGUAAUGUUGAAGCUGAGUGUCUCACCUCUUUGUCUUUCAGUAUUUGGUGUUUUCAUUGACAUCCUGCAUGUUUUUCUCACUAAGUUCAACAAGAUUCAAAGUAGGUAUGCCUGUUAUUUUCAUACUUCUCUGGCCUUGUUAUUAGUGUUUGUCAACCUGAUAACUCGCAUGAUCCUGCUCAGAAAAAGGGAUUCUUAACGAGCUGGCCAACUAAAGUAGCAUACACACUCUGCCUCUCCAAAAACAAGAAUUUGAAAUCCUCAGUUCAUCCUACAUUUAAAAGUAGAUAAUUCAAAGUGUUUUUAACGCUCUCUACCCUGUUUGUCACAAACACAUAUGCUGCUGCUGCUAUAUGAAUCACCAGCACUAUUCAGAUUUUCUGCUUUGGACUUGUAGCUUCAGCUGGAGUUUUAUGAUGACAUAUCAAAAGAUCUUUUUAAAGGCUUCAGGGACAUGAAAUGAGACUGCGGAAAGGAUAUGAGAAAUUUGACUGAUAAAUUUGUUAUUUUUGUAAAGCUUUAUCAUAAUGAAAUGCUCCACAGUAUGACAGAGUAUUAGAGCCACAUUAGGAAAAAAAAUUAAGACCUCAAGAUUAAAGUCAUUAACUUAAGAGAAUUUACUCAUUACUAAUGAGAAUAAAGUCAUUACUUAUGAGAAUAAAGUCCUUGUAUUCUAACCUGCUGUUGAGGAUGACAGUUGUUAAAAUGAGAGCCAUGGAGCAUUUUGUGAAAAUCUACUCCAAUGUAGGUUUCUCAAACAAGGAGAUACUAAAUCUUUUGGCACAUCAGCACCACAUUAUCCUAAGUAUCAUAAUGAUUUUAUUACAACUGUAUUCUCAUAAGUAAUUUAUUGUGACUUUAUUUACGUUAGUCAUUACUUUAUGACUUAAUUCCCGUUAGUAAUUCUUAAAUCCUUUUUUUUUUCUCAAUGUGGCCCUAAUACUCUGUCGUACCACAGGUAUGGCAAUCAAAGGAAAAAGGGUCUGUGUCAUUUGCACACUUGGGGUCAUGAUUUAAGAAGCUGUAUUUAAAUGUAACUUAUUAUGCUUUGUUUACAUCUUAUGCACACUCAGCCUCUCUGUUUUUCAUGUAAAGAUUAUUUUUCAGUAUUUGAACUCCAUGAUGGACCAGUGUUUUUGUCUCAGGAAUACGAGGGUGUUGCUGCUCAACUGAAGCCAACUGUAGUUUUUCUUUGUCUUAAAAAAGGUCCUAAACGUGGGUGCUGGAGGUCCGCUCUCAGGUCACCCACUGUUCACUGUGAUGUGUCAGAUAGACAUGUUUAUAUUACUGUCUGGUUAAAAGAAUAAAUGUUUGCUACAAAACUAUAA